GUAGAAGUUUUGCGUAUUCUCUCACAAUCACAGUCGCCAUGAACGCGUCACUCAUAGACAAAGCCUCUUCACCGCCACCUCAGGCCAAAGCGUCAAGGAGGCCGCAUCGCAAGUCACGCAACGGCUGCGGGAAUUGCAAGCUGCGGAGGGUCAAGUGCGAUGAAGCCAAACCAGGGUGCGGGAACUGUCUUCAGUUCGAAAUCGAGUGUCACUACUCCACAGUGCAGUCUGUUGGGCCACCAACAUCGCCCGUUUUCCUCGUUAGCAAUGGCCCCCGCGUCCAGAGACGACGUGGCCGGCCAAGGAGGAUGUGGCCAGAAAGACCCUCGCACAGCGAUGAUGUAGCAUCGGCACCUCCCCUCAGCCUUACUCGCAUGCCGGAUUCAUACCUAAGCUACUCCGAAGACUCGCUCGAGACAUACGAAUGCCUUCAUCACUAUCUCAGCUGGACAGACGACCCAAAGAAAAUAGGCUCCAAUGCUGAUAUUGUCAUGCGUGUUAAGGUUCCGCAGCUGGGUUUCGCAUAUCCUUUCCUCCUCGACUUUAUUCACGGCUUUGGUGCGCUGCACCUGGCACAUCUUGAACCACAAAAGAAAACCCACUAUCAUGCCCUGGCAGACCGGUUCUGUUCCAUUGGGCUCAGGGCCCUUGCUGCUUUCUUGCCCCGUGUAGAUAUGAACAACUGCCAGGCCAUAUUUGCGGGCGCCACGUUUGUAUGUUUCAACACCUUCGCCCGAGGACCUCUCCCCGGCGAAUUUCUGCUCUUCAAUACAACGGGACCUGCGAUAUGGUAUCAGCUCCAAAAGGGAGUCAAGUCUAUCCUUUCGACAGCUGGGAGCAGUGUUGUUUGUUCCGGACUACUCCAGGGUCUUUCAAGAGGGCCUGAACAGGCUGAUGAACCAGCUGCCGUUACUCGUGGGCUUCCACGGCUUGACUGGAUGGACCACUUUCAACAACUCCGCGAUGCGAUUGUCGCAUCUAAAGAUCCAGAUUUCGCGUUGGACCUGGAAGCGCUCGAUGUCCUGUGGACAUGUUACGAGGCAACAUGGGGUGGUACGGAUGGUAACUAUCAAGGCGACGUCAAUAACCAGGUGAUUUUCACCUGGAUGUAUUACCUCAAGGAUGGAUUUGUUGCCCGGCUGCAAACCCUUCGACCGCUUUCUUUAGUCAUCUUCGCAUAUUUUGCACUUUUGAUGAAAACCACGGAGGAUGUUUGGUUCUUUUCGGGUUGGCCGCGCCACAUCAUCCACGGUAUAGACGGUGAGCUAGAUCAAGCUCAUCGAGCUUGGCUACAAUGGCCUUUGGAAGUGUUGGAUUUGUACGACCAGCAUUUGCUAUAGAGCCAUCUAGUAACUGGCUGGAUAUCAAUUUGAUCCUUGACACCGGGGCGGUCAGGCUCCCACAUGCACCUUUCC